AUGGAACCGGAGAAUUCACCUAACCCGAAGAGUCUCAUUCCAUCAUUAAAACCUAAAAACAAACUCAAGCAGAUGCACUGGGACAAAAUUGAUGACAUUGAUAACACAUUCUGGGGAGAUAUCGAGCACGAAAAGCUUUCGGGGCAAUUGAAAGAGAGGGGGAUUUUGGAGGAAGUGGAACGUCACUUUGCAGUCAAAUCCACUCAGAUAAAGUUAAGGAAGGAUUUACUGGGAGGCAAAACGAGUACCGAUCAACCGAAGAAGAUUUCUCUUCUCACAAGAGAUCUUGCCCAGCAGUUUGGAAUUAAUCUUCAUAUGUUUGCGGCUGCUCCUGUUGAAGACUUGAUCAUGAAGGUUCUACACUGUGACAAAGAUAUUCUUGACAACGUUACUGUAUUGGAAUUCUUUAAUUCCGAAUUGUUGUCCGAAUUCAAUGAAACCACGAUCCGAAACUUCAAGCCAUAUUCCUGGGAAGUGUCUGAUCCAGAAUCCAAACCCAAGAAAGAUCCAGCUGAACUUGAAAGGCCAGAUAGGGUCUACCUUGAGUUAUGUUUCAAUUUGAGGCACUAUUGGAAGUCAAGAUCUCGUGCACUCUUGUUGAUGCACUCGUACGGCAGAGACUACAUGGAUUUGUUGAAGAAGCUUCGUAUGGUCGAUGAAGCCAAUGCAAGCAUCAGAAACUCUGACAGUUUGAGGCAUGUGUUGGGAAUCAUCAGAUCCGUGGGGAACUUCAUGAAUGAUGAUUCCAAACAAGCUUUAGGGUUCAAAAUCGGAACUUUACAACGAUUGAAGUUCAUGAAAGAUGACACCAACGCUAUGCACUUUCUUCAUUAUGUCGAAAGAAUCAUUCGUAAUACGUUUCCAGAGUAUGGGUCAUUUGUUGAUGAGUUGAGUGUGCUUCUCCAUGUUCAGAAUUUAUCGAUUGAGCAAAUCGAAACUGAAAGCCAGGAAUUUGACCGGCAAAUCAACGGAGUAGCCGAGUCCAUCCUGAAAGGAAAUCUCAGCGAUCCAGAAUGCUUACAUCCAGAGGAUUACGUGUUGAAGAAAGUGGCGUCCCCACUUGAAAGUGCUAAGAUCAAGAACUCACUUCUUCAGUCUCAUGUCAAGACAACCAUGGAGGAGUACAAUUCUCUAAUGACAUAUUUUGGAGAGAAUGUCAAGGAUAGUUUCAGUCGCAACACCUUUUACGAGAAGAUUCUGAUGUUCGUGAGCGAAUUCAAGAAAGCCCAUAUAGAAAAUGUCCAGAAAGAAGAAGAACAG